UGCAAACAACUCUGGCGAUGCCAAAAUUCCCCUCCAAGUGACACGGCUUUGCGAAGGAGGUUUCCUCAAGCUGGGCGCUCUCUGUCAUUCCCUCUGCCUUCCUUGGCGACGAUAGAAAGGCUUCGCUCUGGCUGGAGGAAUUCAGGAAAAAGGCUAAAAAGCUGCGCUAAACUCUAUCGUGACCUUAAACUCUUUGGACUAUUUUUUAAAAUAAACAUCGGAAGAACACCCAUCCUCGGAGAGAAUCGGUCUGGGAGGAGAUGGAAGUUUUCCCCGUGCUCUUGGUUUUGUCCGUCUGGUGGUCUCGAACCUGGGACGCGGCCAAUGCGGAUUCGAUCAUUCACAUCGGAGCAAUUUUUGAUGAAUCUGCCAAAAAAGAUGAUGAGGUGUUUCGCACAGCAGUUGGUGACCUUAACCAGAAUGAGGAGAUAUUACAGACAGAGAAAAUCACAUUUUCAGUGACAUUUGUGGAUGGCAACAACCCUUUUCAAGCAGUUCAAGAAGCCUGUGAACUCAUGAAUCAAGGCAUCUUGGCCCUGGUCAGCUCCAUCGGCUGCACGUCAGCAGGGUCCCUCCAGUCCCUGGCAGAUGCCAUGCAUAUCCCCCACCUCUUCAUUCAGCGCUCCACAGCUGGGACCCCCAGAAGUGGCUGUGGACUCACCCGGAGCAACAGGAAUGAUGACUACACUCUCUCGGUCCGUCCACCUGUCUACUUGAAUGAUGUUAUCCUAAGAGUGGUCACAGAGUACGCCUGGCAGAAAUUCAUUAUAUUCUAUGACAGUGAAUAUGAUAUCCGUGGAAUACAGGAAUUUUUGGACAAAGUAUCUCAGCAGGGGAUGGAUGUUGCACUUCAGAAGGUAGAAAACAAUAUCAAUAAAAUGAUCACCACUCUCUUUGACACCAUGAGGAUAGAGGAAUUGAAUCGCUAUCGAGACACUCUUAGGCGAGCCAUCCUUGUGAUGAAUCCUGCCACAGCCAAAUCCUUCAUAACAGAGGUUGUGGAGACUAAUUUGGUUGCUUUUGACUGUCACUGGAUCAUUAUAAAUGAGGAAAUAAACGAUGUGGAUGUACAGGAACUUGUAAGAAGGUCAAUUGGAAGGUUAACGAUUAUUCGGCAGACAUUUCCAGUCCCCCAAAAUAUAAGUCAGCGAUGUUUCCGUGGCAACCAUCGAAUAUCUUCAACGCUGUGCGAUCCAAAGGAUCCAUUUGCUCAGAAUAUGGAGAUUUCAAACCUUUACAUAUAUGACACAGUGCUCCUGCUUGCUAAUGCUUUUCACAAGAAGCUAGAGGACAGGAAGUGGCACAGCAUGGCGAGCCUGUCGUGUAUAAGGAAGAACUCGAAGCCCUGGCAGGGAGGGCGCUCCAUGCUGGAGACCAUCAAGAAGGGUGGAGUUAAUGGGUUGACCGGAGAGCUAGAAUUUGGAGAAAAUGGAGGCAAUCCCAAUGUCCACUUUGAAAUUCUUGGAACCAACUAUGGAGAAGAGCUUGGCAGAGGCGUUCGCAAACUUGGGUGCUGGAAUCCUGUUACGGGUCUGAACGGGUCACUGACGGACAAGAAACUGGAGAAUAACAUGCGUGGAGUGGUUCUACGUGUGGUGACUGUUCUGGAAGAACCUUUUGUAAUGGUCUCUGAAAAUGUCUUGGGUAAGCCGAAGAAAUACCAAGGCUUCUCCAUCGAUGUUUUGGAUGCCUUAUCAAACUACCUGGGUUUUAACUAUGAAAUUUAUGUUGCACCGGAUCACAAAUAUGGAAGCCCACAAGAAGAUGGCACGUGGAAUGGCUUGGUCGGUGAGCUAGUCUUUAAGAGAGCUGACAUCGGGAUUUCUGCUUUAACCAUCACUCCAGAUCGCGAGAAUGUAGUGGACUUUACAACGCGUUACAUGGACUACUCAGUAGGGGUGCUGCUUCGAAGGGCCGAGAAGACAGUGGAUAUGUUUGCCUGCCUCGCACCAUUUGACCUCUCUCUGUGGGCUUGCAUUGCUGGCACAGUCCUCCUGGUGGGUCUGCUGGUCUACCUCCUGAACUGGCUUAACCCCCCACGAUUACAGAUGGGAUCGAUGACAUCUACUACUCUCUAUAACUCCAUGUGGUUUGUGUAUGGAUCUUUUGUACAGCAAGGUGGGGAAGUCCCAUACACGACUCUGGCUACUCGAAUGAUGAUGGGGGCUUGGUGGCUAUUUGCUUUGAUUGUCAUCUCAUCUUACACAGCGAACCUUGCCGCUUUCCUCACUAUUACCCGCAUCGAAAGCUCCAUCCAGUCUCUCCAGGACCUUUCCAAGCAAACAGACAUCCCUUAUGGCACAGUCCUGGACUCCGCAGUCUAUGAACAUGUUCGCAUGAAGGGAUUGAACCCUUUUGAGAGGGACAGCAUGUAUUCCCAGAUGUGGAGGAUGAUCAACCGGAGCAAUGGAUCCGAAAACAACGUGCUGGAGUCCCAGGCAGGCAUUCAAAAGGUAAAAUAUGGAAAUUAUGCUUUUGUAUGGGAUGCAGCUGUUUUGGAAUAUGUGGCUAUCAAUGAUCCAGAUUGUUCCUUUUACACCAUUGGGAACACUGUUGCCGAUCGAGGAUAUGGAAUUGCAUUGCAACACGGCAGUCCUUACAGAGAUGUUUUUUCACAAAG